UUAUUAUUAUACUUAAGAUCUUAGACUGGAAGGAAAAUAUGACCAUUAAAAUGUGAAAGGAACACUGUUUAAAGAAAAUGCCGAGGUCCCAAACAGCAAAGGCUAAUGCGCCUGCGCAAUGUAGACGUCAUAACGGGGAGCUAAUCACAGUGUUUUCCAGCAAAUUCGAACGAUGCAUGUGUCUGAAAUGCGCCAUGGAACAGCAUGACUUACUGGGUGACUUCAUGCCAAUAUCUGAAGGCGUUGAACUCAUGAGAUCUACUGGAAAGGCUCUUUUGGAUGAAGUUUCUUUGAUGACUGAAACAACGAAGAUGCUGAGGAAAGAUCGGAACAAAUUCAUUGAGAAGAUACGUUCUUCUGAGAAAAAUAUCAAGGUUCAAGUGCGUAAAAUGAAGGAUAAAAUUACUAGGCAUUUGGACCUUUUGGAACAAAAGUUUAUGACCAAACUUAAGAGGCUGGUUGAAAACAAUGAACGCGUCUUUCAGAAGGACCAGCAUGUGAUUUCCUUAAUUGAAACAGAAUUGAAGAAAAUUAAAGAAAAUGUAAAUGUGAAACUUAAAACAGGCAGUGACACGGAUCUGAUAACUGGAAUAGUUGAAGAAAAGGUCAGUUUUAAUAAUAAGAAGUUAGACAUCAAAUCUCAGCAAGGACGAGUGCCUACAAAGUCGCUUCAGUUUCGAAUGUCUCAGUCGGUUUUAGAUUUUCUUCAAAACGUCAAAGAUUUAGGAGACGUAUCUCUUCAAUUGCCGUUUGAAGAAUUCAACGAUGAUGUCUCAAAUUAUUCCCCAGAACCUCCUUCGUUCCGGUCGGCAAUGGUCCCUGUGGCAAUGGCAACUCAUCCGCAUGCUUUUCCAACCUCAACCCCUAUUCCAUUUACAUCGCAUGGGUCGCCUAGAUCACACACACAUUCUCAAGGAUACCCACAAUCACGUGCAAACAAUAAGUAUGGAAUACACGUUUCAAACCCAUAUCAUUCAUACAAUGCUCAAUUAAAUAAUCAACAGGUUCCAAACGGAGGUGUUCCAUUUCGUGAUGAGUACGGCGAUGCAACGACUAAUCCAUAUGGCGAUUUCGAAGGCAUUCGUGACGACCCGAUCGUGCUUACCUCUGACCAUACUGGAACUUGCAAUCUCAGUGGCGUCGCAGCUCUUUCCAGCGGCCGUAUUAUUGUGUGUGACUCCAAGCACAAAUGUAUUCAACUGAUCAAUCGGCGAAGUGACAUUCUUGACGAACUUGUAUUUCAUUACAAGCCAUGCAGCAUUGCAACAGUGUCGGAAAACGACGUCGUGGUAAGUUUCACCGAGAAAGACUUCAUAAGUAUAUUCAAUGCUUCUAUGAAGUCGCUCAAACACAAACGUGAUCUGUCCAUUAGCGGGCGAGGAGGAAGCUAUAGUGUUGCACACAGCAAAAACACAUUCGCAGUAUGUCGAAGAGGAGAGAUCAAAGUUGUCUCGGGCGUCGACAGUUCACUUAUCAACACUAUACAGAUUGAGGCUCAUUUCCCACAAAUUGCCAUGUCCGAUAGCGGAACCAAGAUUUAUAUCUCAGACUUUGUAGGAGGACGCGUAACCUGCAUGAAUGAAAUCGGAAAGGUGAAAUGGGAAUACAGCCUUGAUGACUUAGAACCUUGUAGUUUGGCUGUUGAUCUUAAUCAACUCUUUGUAGCUGACGUGAAAGGCAAGAUUCUCAUCAUGUCGACCUAUGGGAUUUUGGUUCGUCAACUGCAAUGUCAAGGUCACUUAAACGCUCUGAGCGUGGAUAGUAACACGGGGACGCUUCUUGUUACGCAGGAGAGCAACAGAGACAAACAACAGUCAAGGUCAAUCAAGAUCGUCGCACUUUAGUCGCAAUAGAUUGCUAAUGUCGGGAAUUGGUCUUUUUGAACAAUGAAAUGUACAAGAUACAAAUGAAUAUACCGACCACAUUUUUGCCAGAGAAGCAACGGCAUUUAGUCUUAUAAAAUACUAAAUAUUCAACGAAUACGACUUUAUUGGUUAUUAGUGUAUCAAGUCAAUAGUGACUAUGGGAGCAUCUUAUCAAUGAUUGUACGAAAUAAACAUCGUAAGGUCAAGAAUUGUGGUUUAAUAGUAUGGAUUUGUCAACAUCUUAUUGAAACGUUUCUCUUUUUCUUACAUAUAUGUGUGCCAUUCAAUGAUUGAUUAUCUCGAUGUCUCAAUUCACUCUAAACAUGUUUUAUCUUUAUUGUUCUAAGUUGACUGAAUGUUUAAUUUCUACAUGAAUAAAACAAUGAAACACUU